AUGCCACGUAUUAAGGGAACACCGAAACAAAAGGGAGCACCACUUCCUACAACAUUUACAAGCAUCAACACCACCACUACAUCAGCAACAGCGGUAACAUCAAGCAGUUGUGAUACUUAUUCAACGGUUACGCAUCCACUUCAUGCGUUUGCUCUGAUCUCGAAGGUAAUGGAGACUAGUAACUUCCCAAUCUUUUCAGCACUUGAUUCCAACACAGACCAGCUUCUUUCCCCAAUUGGCUAUGAAAACUCGGGUUCAUUGCCUUCCUCUUUAUUCUUUCUUCCUGAAAGGGUUGCUUCUCAACCAAUGAGGGAUCGGGACCGAGAGGUGGUCACUUGUAGCGUCUGCCAGAAAUCUAUGCGUCUAGGCAGUCUUCGUGAGCACAUGGAUCGUCACGAGAACAGCGGGAAAUUUGAGUGCGAAUUAUGUGGCAAGAACUUCAGUCGUGCUAGUGCACGUGAAAAACACAUUCGAACGCAUACGGGCGAGAGACCUUUUAAAUGCGACCUCUGUCCAAAGGCCUAUAGACAGAAGGUUCACCUGAACGAGCAUAUACGAUCGCAUUCGGGUGAAAGACCUUUCGUUUGCAGGUUAUGCGGAUUCUCACUUGCCUCGAAGUCGCUUCUUAAUCGACAUUUACGUACCCAUGGUGUCAAAAACGGGGCUAAUGAUGCUCCUGUCAUGUGGUUACGCACUGACGCACCAAAAUCUCAGGUUCUAGCAGCUGCCGGAGCUGUUGGGAGGUCUAUUGACGCCGAGAGACGCAUUAAGGGUGGACUGGAAGUCGAGGAGGAAGACCCAGGAACUCUACAUAUCACUGCAUUGAACGCCAUGGCAACUGUGGCAGCGCUGGGACGAAAACACUUAUGCCCCGAGUGUCCAGCUGGCUUCCCUACAAUUCAAGCUUUGAGGUCGCAUCGAGUUACCACGCAUGGCUUGGUGGUAGAACACGUCUGUGAGACUUGUAGAGCUACGUUCAGUUCAAAGAAGGCACUGAAAAUGCAUUUGCGAACUAAGCACCCGCAGAUAUGCCCUUUGUGCGAACAGGUGAUGCCACAGCGUCGAAGAUGGGUCUUGGAAGUGCAUAUUCGGGAGAACCAUCCGGGAGUUUCCGCGGACUCGGUGAUUGGGCCGUCUCCUUUAGUGGUUGCGGUAGCAUCGAGUGAUGCGAAACGGGAAGGCUUGCGCAGGGCAAAACAAGCUCCAAAGCGUUGCCGAACAACGCGGUUGAAUUCGCCUAACGAUGCUGCAGCUGUGAACGCGCCAACAGAAGACUCCGCAAAGUUGACUAGAGGAAAUCUUUCUGAAUGCGCCUCUGAAGAAAAACACUGCGAAGGCUCCCUGAUGAUCACUCUAGAUCAUUUUGAUACGGAAAGAAAUGAUGAGGAUGGUCAUGAAGCUCCAUCUACAUUCUUUAAGCUGCAUUUUGAACCAAUCUCGAAACAUGUAGACAAGAGCAUGCCCAUUCCUCAAGUUUGUAAUGGAUGUAAUAAUGAAAGCGGGUAG